ACAUGAACUCCACAGCUCAGCAAGGAUUGAUCCCUGGCUACCUGAACAGGACUCUCUGCUCUGGAACUCUGGCAGACAAAGACUUAUCUGGAGAGGAGAAGGAUUCCUCUGCUGGAUGCUACGAACAGCUGCUGAUUUCCACUGAGGUGUUCCUUACUCUAGGCAUCAUCAGCCUGUUGGAGAACAUCCUGGUGGUUGCUGCCAUCAUCAAAAACAAGAACCUUCACUCCCCGAUGUACUUCUUCAUCUGCAGCCUUGCUGUUGCGGACAUGCUUGUUAGUGUCUCCAACGCCUCAGAGACUAUUGUCAUAGCACUGAUCAAUGGAGGCACCCUGACCAUCCCCGUCACGCUGAUCAAAAGCAUGGACAACGUCUUUGACUCCAUGAUCUGCAGCUCUCUGCUGGCCUCCAUCUGCAGCUUGCUUGCGAUCGCCGUCGACCGCUACAUCACCAUCUUCUACGCACUUCGAUACCACAACAUUGUCACCAUCCGGCGAGCGAUGCUGGUCAUUGGCAGCAUCUGGACGUGUUGCACCGUCUCUGGCAUCUUGUUCAUUAUCUACUCAGAGAGCACCACUGUGCUCAUCUGCCUCAUCACCAUGUUUUUCACCAUGCUGGUCCUCAUGGCGUCGUUGUACGUGCAUAUGUUCCUCCUGGCCCGCCUGCACAUGAAGCGCAUUGCGGCCCUGCCGGGCAACGCGCCCAUCCAGCAGCGAGCCAACAUGAAAGGUGCCAUUACCCUCACCAUCCUGCUCGGGGUGUUUGUGGUGUGCUGGGCACCCUUCUUUCUGCACCUCAUCCUCAUGAUCACCUGCCCCAGGAACCCCUACUGCACCUGCUUCAUGUCCCAUUUCAACAUGUACCUCAUCCUGAUCAUGUGCAACUCCGUCAUCGACCCCAUCAUCUACGCCUUUCGCAGCCAGGAGAUGAGGAAGACCUUCAAAGAGAUUUUCUGCUGCUCGCAGGCUCUCUUGUGUCUUAGCUUCCUGUAAGGAGCUCCAAGAGAGCGACGAGAUGCCCUUCAGGUAUUUCUGCUGUAGUCAGUGUCCAGUGCUGUUCUCCAGGUUUGCUGUAAAUGAUUGACAAAGUCAAUGCUUAUAAGUGAGACGGGCUUGCAGUAACAUAGAGCAUAUAUCUGUGGAUGCUGCUGUUAUUCUGCAGUAACUAUCUGUUAAGUGUUCUAUGAAUGUAAAGACUGGAAUGGUAGUUUUCCAGCAUCCCAGUUGGAAAAAUACAUUGUAUAUGUUAUAUUUAAAGCACAUUAGACAGCUAGGAAUGAGAUGAAGAUUUAACUUUGUGUGAGAGAAUAAUCCUCUGUAAAACUGAAAACAUUGCACAUGGUUUGAUUACUUUAAAAUGGGAGCAAUGGGAUGAGAAUGGAAAGACAAGACAUCACCUUAUAAGGAGAUCAAAACAUUGCCUUAUAAGCUGGUCACAACAUUCCA